GCGUGUGUGUGUGACGGUUUCGCGGCAGCAGGAUGAAGCUCUUCUCCGCGCGCGUCUGGGUUUCAUUUUGCGCUCGUGAUUCCUGAUGAAGCUGAAGAUGAGAGGACACUGACACACCGCGUUUCUGCCAUCUUCAUCAUCAUCAUAUUCAUCAUCAUCAUCAUCUUCUGUCAGUGGUCAAGCGGGUGGCGGAUUCUCUCUCUCUGUCAGUGUUUCGGACUCGAUCCAGUUCGGUUUGAUAUUAUAGGUGAGUGUGCGGACGCGCGUGUGUGAUGUAAUCCCGCGGCUCUGACGUCAUGUUCGUGUCGGUUUGGUACGCGAAGAAGAUGGGCCGAAGAUUCAUCAGCAACGUGCGCAAAGCCAAGAGACACAGACAGAGACUGACGAUGAACGGGAUGGACGGAGAUGUUGAAUAUGAGGAGAUCACGCUGGAGAGGGGAAACUCUGGUCUAGGUUUCAGUAUCGCUGGAGGGACUGAUAAUCCUCAUAUAGGAGACGAUCCCAGUAUCUUCAUCACUAAAAUCAUACCAGGAGGAGCUGCGGCACAGGAUGGACGACUGAGAGUGAACGACAGCAUUCUGUUCGUCAAUGAUGUGGAUGUGCGUGAAGUCACACACAGCUUUGCGGUGGAGGCGCUGAAGGAAGCAGGACCGAUCGUCCGGCUGUACGUGCUGCGCCACAAACCAUCAGCAGAGAAAAUCACUGAGCUCAAGCUCAUCAAAGGCCCUAAAGGUCUAGGCUUCAGUAUUGCGGGUGGUGUGGGGAACCAGCACGUGCCCGGAGACAACAGCAUCUACGUCACCAAGAUCAUCGAGGGCGGAGCUGCACAUAAAGACGGACGGCUGCAGAUCGGAGACAAGAUCCUCGCUGUGAAUAACAUGUAUCUGGAGGAGGUGAUGCAUGAAGACGCUGUAGCGGCGCUGAAGAACACUGGAGACGUGGUGUUUCUGAGAGUCGCCAAAACACUCCAUCAGCAUCAUCAUCAGGACGCCUACAACCCUCCUGACAUCACCAGCUCAUACUCUCCUCAUAUGGACAUGUCUGAUUACCCACAAGCCCUCAGUCCCUCGUCUCCGCGCCGUUACUCCCCCAUCCCUAAAGGCCUGUUUCUGGACGACGACAUUUCCAGGGAGCCACGGCGUGUGGUGAUCCACAGAGGCUCUACAGGUCUGGGCUUUAAUAUCGUAGGUGGAGAAGACGGAGAGGGAAUCUUCAUCUCCUUCAUACUGGCUGGAGGAGCUGCUGAUCUGAGCGGAGAGCUGAGGAAAGGAGACCAGAUCCUGAGUGUGAACGGUGUGGAUCUGCGUCACGCCACUCAUGAGCAGGCCGCAGCGGCGCUGAAGAACGCAGGACAGACGGUCACCAUCAUCACACAGUACAGACCUGAAGAAUACAGCAGGUUCGAGGCCAAGAUCCAUGACCUGCGGGAGCAGCUGAUGAACAACAGUUUAGUUUCUGCAGCGGCUUCAUUACGAAGCGGAAAGAGAAGCUUCUUCAUCAGGGCUCUGUUUGACUAUGAUAAGACGGCAGACGGUGGUUUUCUGUCGCAGGCGGUGAGCUUCAGGUUCGGGGAUGUUCUGCAGGUCUUUGACUGCAGUGAUGAGGAAUGGUGGCAGGCCGGAAAACUGGCUCCACACGGAGAACUGGAGGAGACCGGGUACAUUCCCAGCAAGAGGAGGGUGGAACGGAAGGAAUGGUCUCGUCUGAAGACUCGAGGCCGAGAGCCCGUCAGCGGACGCAGCGAUUACAUCGUGAGCUACGAGACGGUGACGCAGAGCGAAGUGCACUACGCGCGUCCCGUCAUAAUCCUCGGACCCAGCAAGGACCGUGUCAACGAUGACCUCCUCUCCGAGUUCCCGGACAAGUUUGGCUCCUGUGUGCCCCAUACGACGCGGCCGAAGCGCGAGUACGAGAUGGACGGACGCGAUUAUCACUUUGUGUCGUCGCGAGAGCAGAUGGAGAAGGACAUUCAGAGCCAUCGCUUCAUCGAGGCCGGACAGUACAACAGUCACCUGUACGGCACCAGCGUCCAGAGCGUCAGGCAGGUGGCAGAACAGCAAGGGAAGCACUGUAUCCUGGAUGUUUCAGCGAAUGCAGUGCGGAGGCUACAGGCCGCUCAGCUUUAUCCCAUCGCCAUCUUUAUACGACCCUCAUCGCUGCAGAACGUACUAAACAUUAGCAAGCGUCUGACGGAGGAACAGGCCAGAAGAGCUUUAGACAGAGCUGUCAAACUGGAGCAGGACUUCAUCGAGUGUUUCUCAGCGAUCGUGGAGGGCGAGAGCUUCGAGGAGAUCUACCAUCAUGUGAAGUCUGUGAUCGAGGAACAGUCCGGACCGUAUAUCUGGAUCCCAGCGCGAGAGAGACUGUAAACACACACACACUUGCACACACACACACGCUCGAGGACUUCCAUCAGGUGUGUGUGUGUGUGUGGCGGUCAGUUCACAGUGUGUGUGCAGAUUCACACCAUCAGCUCAUGACAUGUAAAUAUUCAUCUGAUAAUAUUUCAGCCGUGUCGGUUCCUUUCUACAGGAGGAGGGCGGGGCUGCUUACCUCAUCGCCAUGGCAACAGUUCAUUACCGAAACAGUGAGAGAGGGAAAAGUGUGUGUGUAUGUGUGUGUGUGUGAACUAGCCUUAAUGUGUGUGUGUGUGUGUGUG